UAAACGUCUUUGAAGCACGCCGCCCGGUCCACGUUUCACUUGUAUUUGCCUUCGAUUCUGUGGCUUACGAGCGGUGUAGCUGUGCUUGCUGCCUGAUUUGUACCUCUAACUGCAGAGAUUAGACUCAGUAUUGAAGUUUUAAUUUCAGUUUUACUUGUUUCAGAUUGUUUUUCGAACGAUUUUUGUGGCUCUUGAGGGGCUUUCCCACCUUUAUUUUCUGAUGAGUGGAAGAGAUUGAGACGAGGUUCCGUGGAGUCGGAAGCUGUAAACAGCAUGAUAUUAUGAUGGAAAUGUUGAAGUUGUCGAAAAAGGAAUCGAACUAAGACGUUGCUGUGUAACAUGAGAACAUGUUGAAGCGGGCUGACGUCCAUGGGAAACAGUAUGUGGAGUUGUGAUUAAUCUGGAUAGCAUAUUAAUAAAUAAACCUUACAAAUCCGAAAAAUCUUAGAGGGGAGGGAACGUAACAUUACUAAUUUGGAGAGUGGAAAUGGGAGAUGAGGUGCAUGUUACGGUUAAUUACUAUGCCCGCGUUGGCUAUGGUCAUCACAUUCAGAGCUACUGCACUCAUCUCCUUCUCAAGCGUCCUCGAGAACCUAUUCUUCUGUUUUGGCAUGCUUACGGGUUAAUUCUAGAAGGGUCAUACUCUGAGGCCCUGCUCGAAAUGGAGCCUCUGCAAGACCACCGGGAGCUUCAAGUCGCAGUUCUGGCGGCUAUGUUGUAUUCCCAUGAGCGCUCUCCUUCCCCUGAUACUGAUACCAUUCACACCUUGCGCCGUCGCCUGGAAACUGUGGACCAAAAUGCUUCAGAAAGAGCGUUGGUCUUGGCAGCCACUUUGUACUGGCAUCUUGGCGGAUCGACGCAUAUACGAAAUUCCUACGACCUCGUGACGAGAGUGUUAAGGGUGCAGCCACAGUAUACCCAGGCGCAGUGUUUGCUUGGUUGGCUGUGUCUGGGAGACACACACAUUCGACACCGUGUGGAGAGCGAUAUCCCUUCCGUGGAUUGGAAAACUGCCGAUAAGUCUCUUGUACAUUUUGCGGAAGUUCUCAGUAAAGGGAGUAACGCUGAAGCUUUGAUGGGAAGAGCCUUUUAUCACGAGCUUAAAGAGAAUUAUACAGAAGCUCUUGCAGACCUCAGUCAGGUGACAAUUCUGCAUGCUUGGUUCCUGCCAGCUGUUUUGGAGAAAGCUCGCAUGGGAUUGCUGCUUCGGGAUUUCGACCUAGCCCAUGAAACUUCCCAGCAAAUCCUUCAGAAGGAUCCUAAUAAUAUUGAUGGCCUGCGUAUGGCUAUCCAUUUGCACCUUUGCUCAGACAACAAUCAGUCAACAGCAGCUGGCCUCCUCGCCGACCUUCUCCGGAGUAUUGAGCAGCGGGAGCCCCAAAAUGCAUAUCUUUGCCUUGAAGUUGUGAGAUCAAUUGCAAGGCUCGCUGGAAGAUGUAGAGUGCUUGUUUUACAAAAGACAAUGGCUAUCAUUGAGCGGGCUCGUCAACUCAAUCCUAAAGAAUCAGCAUUCGUGGUCGAGCUUGCGGACCAAUUGUUUCUUCUGGAGGACUAUAAAACAGCCUUGGCCACUUACAAAUCAACAGCGAACAUGGAUGAAGUGAACAUGGAGGCCAUGUAUGGUGCUGUUCAGUGCUUGGUGGUGCUUGGAGACUUUGAUGAUGCAGAACAACAACUGGAAUUCCUUGCCGAGGUCUCGGUCUCUACUGGAAAAUCGGCAAGCCUUCCGUACCUUAUGGCCCAGCAAUGUUGGAGGAAACAGCGAAAUGGUUUACGAUGUCGUGACCUUUUGGACGAAUCUAUGGGUAUUCAGACAAAAAGAAUGAGGCAUCAACACGAUUUCACGUUCUAUGCAGACCUGAAUCCUAACAGACGACUUGGGAUUGCUCAUCUUUACAUGACAAUUUCGCGUUAUGAAUGUAUGGGGCCUCACGUCGAGGAGAAUUAUUCGCUUCUCCGAGCUGCUGACAUUCUAGAGCAGUUGAUUGGUCUAGUGCCAGGCCUAAUGGAUGCUCAUCUCAUGCUGGCUCGGGUAUUUUUCCUACUAGCCGAUUGGGAAGCUGCACAACGAAGCAUACAGUCUGCAAUAGCCCUUGACUUGGGAUGUUCAAGUGCUCAUCUACUCCUCGCUCAGAUCUAUGUGAAUCAAGGAAAAUUUGAGUUGGCAAAGCAGAGCCUUGAGCAAUCUCUUAGUGCUGAUUUUGUUGUGCGACAUACAGUGGUCUAUCAUGUUCUCCAGGCUCAGAUUAUGAUGAACUCCCAGCAAUUUGAUGAAGCUUUGAAAGUAUUGAGGUCAGCAAGAAGUCUGCCAGAGAUGGAACAUAUAGGUAAGGAGUCAUCAUAUUACACAUCCAGGAAGCAUGUGGAAACCACAGACACCGACAGGGUGAUGGUGUUUCUGUUGCUAGUGGAGGUGCACACGCAAUUCGGUCGCUUCCCAGAAGCCGCAAAAGCCGUAGAGGAUGCCAUGGCUGGAUUUUCUGGAACUCCGGAGGAGAUGCGAGUGGUUCUAUCCAAUUGUGAUCUGGCGCUUUGUCGAGGUGAUGUUCCAGCAGCAAUUGCAAUGCUCAGCCAGAUCCCACGAGAAAGCAAUUACUAUGUGCAGGCUAGAAUCAAACUGGCAGAUGUGUACUUAAAGCAUCAACAUAACAGAGUUCUCUACUCUAAAUGUUACACUGAAAUUACCCAGUUACACCCAAAUGCGAAGACCUACAUGUUGCUUGGAGAAGCUCUAAUGAAAGUAGAUGAACCUGAGGAAGCAAUGAGGGCUUUCGAGGUUGCCAGGAAGAAAAGCCCUCUUAAUGCGACAGUAUCAAAAAAAGUGGGACAAGCCCUGGUCGCCUCAUAUGAGUAUAGAAAGGCAGUGGAACACUACGAGGAUACAUUAGCCAGCAAUAAAGAGAGUCCCGAUAAGCUUGAGCUACUUUAUGAUUUUGGAGACCUCAACUUCAAACUGAGAAAUUACAAACGAUCUGCCGAGGUUCUUUGCGAGUUGUUAGCAAAUGUAGACAAUGGUUCCAUGGAGCGAAGUUUUAAAAAUGGAAAGAUGCUCAUGCUGUGUCUCAAGGCAUCUCUACUUCUAUCCAAAGUGCAGAACGUCCAAGGGCAACAGAAUUCUUCUCAGGGGACGCCUGAGGCGAUCAACAAUCGGUCCAAGUACCUGCAUCACUACAAGGUGAUGUUCAAAGCAAGAGAUCUCUUCAACAAUUACCUCGUGGAGCUCCAAGGACAGCAUUGUGACGCCAUCAAGGAGCAAAAGCAUGUGGCUGCUGACAUUUAUUUCCAGUUUGCACACGGAUGCGAGGCGAACAAUGAUGCAGAUAAAGCCAUAUUAUUGCUAAACGAGGCACUCAAAUGCAACCCUGCACAUAGUGCUGCGUCUGUAGCUCUUGCGAAAAUCCUUCUUGCAAGGGGGGACGUAGGAGAAUGUGAGCAAAGGUGUGCGGCACUUCUUAGAGAAAAUCUUUUUUACGAUGAGGCUGGAGACAUCUUGGUGUAUCUCAUGAUUCAAAGGGAACUCUAUGAAUCAGCCAUCAUGCACUAUCAGCAAAUUUUGGAGCGUGAUCCAAAUCACUACUCUGCACUGUCCCAACUUAUAAGGCUAUUCAGGAGGACCGGUAGACUUGAGGAAAUCAACCAGAAUCUGAGUAAUGCAGAGAAGGCUACACCGGCUGCUACUUUUCACGCAGGCUUAAAUUUCUGCAAGGGUUUGGUCGCACUACACUCAAACAAGCCAUAUGAAGCCAUAAUGCUUCUUAAUACUGCUCGGACCGACUACGACUGGGGAAAGCCCGCGCUCUUUGUAAUGGUCGAAAUUUAUCUCAACAUUGAAAAUAAUCUUGGUUUUGAGGAAGGUAAUCUAGAGGGAAACACCAGCCCUAAUGACGAGGCUAUCAAGGUAGCGCAAAAGCUGUUGAGUGAAAGCCGAAAUCUGGAAGGAAAUACAGUUAAACAGUCAGUGCUGGAAUGCUAUGCAUCGAUGGCAACUCGUCACAAGGAUGAUGUCGAGAACGCACUAGUUAAGCUUCAGGAACUGUCGAGUCAAGAUUCGACCCUCCGAGAGAAAGAGCGAGUAUGUACCAUGCUUGCCAUUGCUACUGGGCUCACACUGCUCAGACAAACUGCAAAAGCAAAGAAUCAACUUCGAGCCAUAGACCGUAUGCCAUACAAAUGGGAUGAUGGAGAUGACUUCGAGCGAGCAUGGCUAAUGUUAGCAUAUAUCCAUCUGCAGGCAGGAAAACAGGAGGCAUCUGAGGAGCUUUGCAAAAAAUGUCUGAAGUACAACAAAGAAUGUUCCAAGGCAUGGGAGCUGUUGGGCUGGAUAAUGGAGAAAAACCAUUCGUACCCAGAAGCUGUCGGCUUCUACGAGAAUGCGUGGAAGUGUCUGAAAGAAUCAUCACCCGCAGUCGGUUAUAGACUCGCAUAUAUGUAUCUUAAGGACAAGAGGCACAUUGAGGCAAUAAUCGUGUGCCAGAAAGUUCUACAAAUCUCGCCCAACUAUCCAAAGAUCAAAAAAGACAUCCUUGAAAAAGCUCGUGUUUGUGUUCGAGCAUAGGAACUAAAAAGUACCAUGAUCCAUCUCCAUAGCAUAAAUGUUUUGAUCCCACAGACUCGCCCUCUUUAGAAAUGCACUGCAAGGUUUGGGGUGAGUUUGAUCCUUGAUUACAUAAUCGACGUCGUCCAGUCUCCAGAAAUCCCUAGUGAUCACAUCAACUACGAAGCAGGAGAAACUCACAAAACUCAAUGAUCGCUGCUGGAUGCUAGAUAGAUGCUGGGUGCUUUUAAUGUUUUAUUUUACUGUGUGUGGUUAUGAUAGUUGUACCUUACAUUCAUUUAUGUAUUGAUAUUAUUACAAUGUGACUAUUUCAAAUAUAUAUAUUUAAAAUAAAACAUUAAAACUGUCAUUAAAACA